UCCACCAGGGGGCAAAGGCGUCAGUUUCCGGCUCCACUCUUUUUCGUUUUUCUAGGGUUUAAGAGCUCGCGGAGCCCGCCCGGCCCAGCCAGAGCCCAGGAACAUCCCCGCGGCCCCGCCCUCCCGUCCUCUUGCCGGAGCCCCGCGUCGCCGUCGCCGGAGCCGAGCCCUCCGCCGCCGCACGCGGCAAUGGCGUUCUCCUUCGCCUCGCCGGCGGCGUCAAAUCCGUUCCAGACGCCGGCUGCGUCGAACCCGUUCCAGACGCCGUCGGCGUCGAACCCCUUCCAGACGCCAGCGGCGCCGAACCCCUUCCAGACGCCGGCCCCGGCCACGACGCAGGCGCCGUCCUCCUCGCCCUCGCCGUUCCAGUUCAGCUUCCAGCAGCCGCAGCUGCAGCAGCCACAGCAGCAGGUGGCGCCGGCGGCGCAGCCGCAGCCGCAGCCGCAACAACAGCAGCAAAAGCUGAUGCUGUACACGACGGAUAUGAAGCCCGCGGUGUACAACACCAAGUGGGAGGAGCUGCAUGCCGAAUCGCAGAAGGCGCUGCUCCAGAUCGAGGAUAAGAUACGGGAGUACAAAGAUGAGAGUGAGAGGUUGGAUCAAUGCAGUCGUCUUUAUGACUCCUCAAUCUCGAAUGUUAAUUUUGAGCUUGAUGCGAGUCACAUUGCUCAGGAGCUUGGAGGGACCACCAUUGUGAUGGAGAGGGAGAAGGCUUCUAUUCAAGAGUUGAUGACUGUUGUCAAUGAAAUGAUGUGGAAUACGGAAUUUGCUAUGAGGUCAUAUAUGAUGUUGAGGCCAAGUUUCGUCCGUCCAGGUGCUGGAGUUGCAAAUGGUGGUUCUUCAAAUCCUUCUGCUGGUGCUCCACCCAAUCAGCCAGUGGUAUAUUUCUACAGUGGAGUCCCAAAGCGCCCUUCCGUUUUUAUGCAGCAUACUGUCAAUAGGUUUGAGUGUUAUCUAGCAGAGUGUUGCAAGUGGAUCAGUGAGCUAGAGCAGCUGGUUCAGACGGAGAAUAAUAAAAGAUCAUCAGAUUCUCUAGAGUCUCUUCCAAAAGUUAUGUCAAAUGUGCAUGACUACUUCAUCUAUGUUACUUCUAAGGUGGAAAAUCUUCAUCAGUAUGUUGAAUCAAUGAAAACUGAAUAUCUUAAUGAACAGCGUCGUAUGGGUAAGAGGAAUGAUCCAUUUCUGGAGGCAAACAGAAGAGAAGCAGCUAAACAAGAAGCAGCUGCCAGAAGGGUCCAUCCAACUUUGCAUUUGCCUGCUCCUGCUCCUGUACAGCCCACGACACAACUUGCUGCACCAGCAGGAAGCCAACCACAGCAAUCUUCUUUUCCUUCUUCCGUGACUUCAUCAAGUGGUUUUUCAGCUUUUAUCACUCCAGCUUCUGCGCCAUCCUCGUCUAGUCUCUUUGCAACUCCAACAACUCCAGCUCCGUCAGGCGGCCUUUUUGGUACAUCUGGAUCAGCUCAAUUGACCACGCCAUUUGGAACAGCCUCCACUCCUACACUAGCAUCAACACCAGCGCCUGGAUUUGGGACUAGCACAUCUUUGGGUGGAACAUCACUAUUUUCUACACCAUUUGGAGGUGGGGCAACAGCUUCAGGUUCCAGCUUCGGUGGUGCAUCGAAAGGGAGGUCGAAGCCCCGGGGGCGUCGCUAGCUGUAACUGAACCAAUGUGAAAUGUGGGUGCUCUUGUUUCUCCUCUUGACCCAGUUUCCUUUUCCUCUGUCUUAUGCAAAACUUGUAAUUAACUUCUUCAACAUUUCUAGUGGACCUUCCAGUAAUUUAUCUUGAUGCAUGCUUACUAUUAGAUCCAUUUUAUUGGAUACUAUUGUAAUAGUUGUUAUUGCUCUGUUCUUAGUACCUUUGGUCCUUCAAUCUUGCCAGAAUACUCCUUGCUAAACCGCUAACUUUAAGAUUUCCUUUAUAGUGGUAAGAGGCUGUAAUCUACAAAUAUGUAUGACAUUGGUUUCCAGUCAGAUGAUAUCUUUAUGCUUAA